AGGCCCUUCUGCGUGUCCCUCCAUCCUCCACUCAACCUUCCUCCUCCUUCUCCUUGGGCCGCACUUCCUGCUGCGCUGCCCGCAGUGCCUCCUGCUGAGGCUUAGGCUGGGCUCUCUCCUCUCUCUCUCCUCAGCCAGUCAGAGCCUGAAAGAGGAGGAGAAGCCGAAGGAGAGGGCGGGGAAGGCGCCGGUUGACUGAGCGAACGAGCGAACGAGAGAGCGAGCGACCCUCAGAGGGAAGGCGGCCCCGUCCAUCCGCCCUCUCCUCACCUUCGUGGUGGGUGUGCUUCGGAGGAGCGGGGCCUGGCCGCGGCGCUGAGCAGAGAUUGUGGUCUUACGCAUAUGAUGGUGGGACUAGGGAACAGUCGUCGUGGGAUGAAGUCUCCACCUCUUCUGGUAGCAGCGCUAGUGGCCUGCAUAAUUGUUUUGGGAUUCAAUUACUGGAUUGCAAGUUCCCGAAGUGUUGAUUUACAGAAUCGUAUAAUGGAAUUAGAAAGCAGAGUCCGCAGGGCAGCAGCGGAAAGAGGUGCUGUGGAACUGAAAAAGAAUGAAUUCCAAGGGGAGCUACAGAAGCAGAGGGAGCAGAUAGACAAAAUCCAGUCUAUACAUAAUUUCCAAAUGGAAAGCACCAACAAAAUCCACAGAGAUGAGAAGGCAAUGCUACUGAAUAAUAUCACAGUAAGUGAUAGAUUGAUCCAGAAUCUUAAAGAACAACUGGAAGAUCUGCAACAGGAAUAUGGGAAGCUCCAAAUGGAUGUAUACAAGUUUCAGAAAAACCAGACUAAUCUUCAGAAAAAAUUUACAUAUGACAUGUCUCAGUGUAUUAGUCAGAUGAAAGAACUGAAGGAACAGUGUGAAGAAAGGAUAGCGGAAAUCUCAAGAAAAGGAAAUGAGGUGUCACAAGAAAAGGAGAAGAAAAACAUUUCAAAUGUAUCAGACAAAAAUGAUCAUGUGCCAAUGUUUCGACAGCCAGAGUUUCAGAAUCGUGAUUUAACAAAACAAGGAAAUGAACUUGAAGACAAACACCACAUUUCUGAGAAUUCUUUGAUAUUAGAAGCAUCAAAGCCAGCACUCACUGUAAAAAAUGUGCCGGAACUGGAUGAUCAUAGAGAAAAAGGAGGAACUAAUGAUGAUAUUACUACUGCCAAAGGGGAACUUGCGAAAGAGGACCAGGAUCAUCCACAAAUACCUGCAAAGCCCAGCUUAAAUAGUAAAGAGCUGUCCCCAGAACCAGGAAUGCAUCAAAACCCAUAUGAGACUGUAAGAGAUGUCAAUGGAGAAGAUGCAGUUGAAAGACAGACUGACAAGCUACCAGAAACAAUGAGCUAUCAAAAUAACAUUGAAGCCAAAGCAGACGAUGAAGAAAUUGAACGAGAGCAGCUCUUGAAUGAUGAUCUGCAGCAGGAUGACCAGGAGCCUAGUAAAGAUGGUGAAUUUAGAAUCCAAAGAGUAAACCAGGAUGCCAAAAGAAUGGACUACAACUUAGAUAUGAAUGAAGCAGAAUCUGAGACUGAUAAGCAGGCUGCUCUUGUUGACCAGCAAAAUAACUUAAUUGUUCCGAAUCAUGAGGAUCCCAAACUGCAAAACGACUUAUUUAAUCUUCAAGACCAUAAACAGAAACUGUGAAUGAGUUCAGUGUGUGACUCUUGCAGAAACGACUACUAUUGAACCAUCUGAUCAAAGCUUGAAAAGUUCAACUCAAGUUGAUGACUAUUUGUUUAUUUAAAACAAUUCUGACCUCUUUAAUGAACUUCUGACUUAACUAGGCCAUAGUACUGUUUCAGGAGGAAGAAUUCUGUCUUUAAGGCAAAUUAAAUUCUACUUGUUCUUCGGAUGCCUCAUCUAGUUUUCCUUCCUGAACUAGUGUGACAAAAAACUAGAUGCAAUUUGUCUUGCCACUGUCGUGAUGGAAGACUGUCGCUUUACAACUAUUCCCAGCCAGUCUCAUAUUUCAUCUCAUGUUUUUUGUGGGUUCCUGCUUUUAUAAACAAAUCAGAUUUAGAGAAUGACUUUAUUUUGUGUAGCAGUUUCCUUCAGAACAAACAUAUCUUAGAGCAUUCUAGGGCUGUUCUCUGUUAAAUGCCUUGCUUUGAGAUAAAUCAUAUUUAUUGUUGCGGGGCUUAAAUCAAAGUAAAUAUGCAGUAGAUUUUAUUAUAUUUAUAUAUCCUAUUCAGAUAAAAUGAUCUAUGUCUUAAAGAGCAGUACUGGAUAAGAACAGUAACUCCAAGUCAUGGCCUCCUGGAUUUCUGUAAAGCAGGUCAAUAACAAUAUAGAAUUUUCAUGUACAAUAAUUGCUGAUCCUAUGAAUAUGAUCUUGCCACCACUUACGAUAUACAUGGAAAAAGAACCUAUAAGGUCCUAUAGCAUUUCCUGCUCCUUAUCAAGUAUCUUAUUUAUGUGCAGAAUGAGUAGCUGUAAUAUUCUAUUGAAUUGAGGAAAGAUCAUGAUGCUAAACUGGAACCAACAAAAUGUCAUAGAAUGAGUGUGAUAUAAUAAAUAUUAUAACAAGUUUGUUCUCUAGGAGAGAUGUUUCAAGUAAUUAGUAUUUUUUUCAAAUUUAACAGAUUAAACACCUUUUUCCAUUCUGUAUGUAGAUCAUAUUGGCUUGAUUUUAAUUAUUUUAAUAAAACUGAAUCUAGUAUUCAUAAAAGGAAAACCUAUUAUAGGACCAAAGGUUAAUUAAUGUGUUUACUAAUCUGGUUUGUAGCAUCUUAUUUCCAAUAAAAUAUUACACAUAGCUUAAAAUAUCA